AUACGAGGCGUCGCGGGUGCGUCACGGCCUGAUGACCCUCGGCCCGAGCGGAGCCGGAAAGACGACCGCCAUUAACAUCCUCAUGCGCGCCAUGACAGAGUGCGGCGCUGCUCACAGAGAGAUGAGGAUGAACCCCAAAGCCAUCACCGCGCCCCAGAUGUUCGGCCGUCUGGACGCCGCUACCAACGACUGGACCGACGGGAUCUUCUCCACCCUGUGGAGGAAAACUCUCAGAACUAAAAAGGGAGAAAACAUCUGGAUUGUGCUGGAUGGGCCAGUAGACGCCAUCUGGAUCGAGAACCUGAACUCGGUGCUGGACGACAACAAAACUCUGACCCUGGCGAACGGUGACCGGAUCCCUAUGUCCCCGAGCUGUAAGCUGGUGUUUGAGGUGCACAACAUGGACAAUGCUUCUCCCGCUACCGUCUCCAGAGUGGGCAUGGUGUUCAUGAGCUCCUCCGCUCUCAGCUGGAGACCCAUUCUGCAGGGCUGGACCAACAAGCGCAGUGCUCAGGAAGCUGACAGCCUGAUGAGCCUGUAUGAUAAGAUAUUUGAAGAUGCUUAUAUAUUCAUGAAACAAAACCUCAAGCCAAAAAUGCAGCUCUUGGAGUGCAACUACGUUAUGCAGUCGGUAAACCUGCUGGAGGGUCUGAUUCCUCCUAAAGAUGCUGGAGGCACGUUGAGCAGCGAGCACCUGGAGCGCCUCUUCGUGUUCUGCAUGAUGUGGAGUCUGGGAGCUCUGCUGGAACUGGAUGACCGGGACAAGAUGGAGCUGUUCGUUCGCUCUCAUGAAAGCAAGCUUGACCUGCCACCGACAGAGCCUGGCCAGACCAUGUUCGAGUACAUGGUCAAUCAGAACGGUGACUGGGAUCACUGGAGUAAAUACGUCGUGCAGUACGUCUACCCCACAGACUCGGCACCAGACUACACGUCCAUUCUCGUUCCCAACGUGGACAACACCAGAACGAGCUUCCUGAUUGAGGCCAUCGCAAAACAGCGCAAGGCUGUUCUCCUCACCGGUGAACAGGGGACUGCCAAGACGGUCAUGAUUAAGGCCUACACGAAGAAAUACAACCCUGAGAUGGAUCUGUUCAAAUCCAUGAACUUCUCCUCCGCCACGGAGCCGAUCAUGUUCCAGCGGGCAGUAGAGAGUUACAUAGAGAAGCGGCUGGGCAGCACAUACGGACCCCCCGGCAGACGGAGACUGACCGUUUUUAUUGAUGACAUCAACAUGCCUGUCGUCAAUGAAUGGGGAGAUCAGAUCACAAAUGAAAUAGUGCGUCAGACGAUGGAGAUGUCGGGCAUGUACAGUCUGGAUAAACCCGGUGAUUUCACCACCAUAACAGACGUUCAGAUGAUGGCCGCCAUGAUCCAUCCCGGCGGUGGCAGGAACGAUAUUCCUCAGAGACUGAAGAGACAGUUCACAGUGUUUAACUGCACGCUUCCGGCCAACUCCUCCAUCGACAUGAUCUUCGGAAUUAUUGGCUGUGGAUAUUUCCAUCAGUGUCGAGGAUUUACACCAGAGAUCUCUGACACUGUACAGCGUCUCGUACCCGCUUCCCGGAUUCUCUGGCAAUGGACCAAGGGGAAGAUGUUGCCCACUCCAUCAAAGUUUCACUACUUCUUCAACCUAAGAGAUCUGUCCAGGAUUUGGCAGGGCAUGCUGAAGAUCAGAGCAGAAGAGUGUGAGACAGUCGCCACCCUCCUGUCCUUGUUCAAGUGUGAAUGCACUCGAGUCAUCGCAGACCGGUUUGUGUGUGAGGAGGAUAAGCACUGGUUCGAGAAGUCUAUAGCCCAGGUCAUUCAGGAACACGUGGAUCCUGCUUUGGUGCCACACCUCCACCCCGACCCUUACUUUGUGGACUUCCUGAGAGAGGCUCCAGAGCCUACAGGAGAGGAGGCUGAUGACGCCUGUCUCGACGCUCCCAAAAUCUAUGAACUGGUGCCGGACUUCCAGUUCCUGUCGGAGAGACUGCGGUUCUAUCAGAGCCAGUAUAACGAGGCUGUUCGGGGCUCACAUCUGGACCUGGUCUUCUUUACUGAUGCCAUGACCCACCUCAUCAAGAUCUCCCGCAUCAUCAGGACCGAUGGAGGAAGCGCUCUGCUGGUGGGAGUGGGAGGGUCGGGCAAGCAAAGCCUUUCACGGCUCGCGUCGUACAUCGCCGGUUACAGGAUAUUCCAGAUUACACUCACUAGAACCUAUAACAUCAGCAACCUGAUGGAUGACCUGAAAGUGCUGUUCAGAACGGCCGGCGCUGAAGGAAAAGGCGUCACGUUCAUCUUCACGGACAACGAGAUAAAAGACGAGGCCUUCCUAGAGUACCUUAACAAUGUUUUGUCAUCUGGAGAGGUCUCGAACCUUUUUGCUCGUGAUGAACUGGACGAGAUAACACAGAAUCUCAUCCCCGUAAUGAAAAAGGAGACGCCCCGAGUGCCGCCCACCUUUGAUAAUCUGUAUGAAUACUUCAUCUCCCGGGCCAAAAAGAACCUCCAUGUGGUGCUGUGUUUUUCCCCGGUGGGGGAGAAGUUCCGCUCCCGCUCUCUGAAGUUCCCCGGACUGAUAUCCGGAUGCACCAUGGACUGGUUCACCCCGUGGCCGAGUGAAGCCCUGAUGGCCGUGUCCCAGUAUUUCCUCUCGGACUUCCACAUGGUCUGUUCGCCUGAGGUGAAGACUGCGGUGGUCCAGACUAUGGCCGUCUAUCACGACAGAGUCUCCUCCACCUGCGAGAGCUACUUUGAGAGAUUCAGACGAAGGGCCCACGUCACCCCGAAAUCCUACCUGUCCUUCAUCAAUGGAUACAAAACCCUCUAUACAGAGAAGCACACCCACAUCAACACUCUUGUUGAGCGCAUGAAUGUCGGUCUAGCCAAGCUAAUGGAAGCCAGCGAAUCCGUCGCGCAGCUGUCCAGAGACCUGGUGGUGAAGGAGCAGGAGCUGGCGUUGGCCUCAGCCCGAGCCGACAAGGUCCUCAAGGAGGUGACUGUGAGCGCCGAGGCCGCCUCUGUGGUCAAAAACGAGGUGCAGGUGGUGAAGGAUAAAGCGCUGAAGAUCGUGGAGGAAAUCGAGAAGGAAAAAGGUGUGGCAGAGCUGAAGCUGCAGGCGGCUGAACCUGCACUCAUGAAAGCUGAGGCGGCUUUAAACACCAUCAAACCGGCCGAUAUCGCAACAGUGAGGAAACUGUCCAAGCCACCACAUUUAAUCAUGAGAAUUAUGGACUGCUGUCUGCUUCUCUUCCGCAAGAAGCUGGACCCCGUCGUCAUGGAUCCAGAGAGGCACUGCCUUAAGCCCUCCUGGAGCGAAGCCAUGAAGCUGAUGAGCGGCGGCGGCUUCCUGACGUCACUGCAGCAGUUUCCUAAGGACACGAUAACCGAAGAGACGAUGGAGCUGCUGGAGCCGUACUUCCAGAUGGAGGAUUACACGCUGGAGAACGCCAGUAAAGUGUGCGGAAACGUGGCGGGUCUGCUGUCCUGGACACAGGCUAUGGCCACCUUCUUCAGCAUCAACAAGGAGGUGCUGCCACUGAAGGCUAAUCUCAGCGUUCAGGAGAACAGGCUAACGGCAGCUAAUAAGGAACUGGCUAACGCUCAGGCCCAGCUGGAUGAAAAGCAGGCAGAGCUGGACAUGGUGCUGGCCAAAUUCGAAGCAGCCAUGAAGGAGAAGCAGGAUCUGCUGAACGACGCCGAAUCGUGCAGAAAUAAAAUGCAGACGGCCUCCGCUCUGAUCGACGGGCUGAGCGGGGAGAAAGUGCGCUGGACCGAGCAGAGCAGAGAGUUCACCUCACAGAUCAGCAGGCUGGUUGGAGACGUCCUGCAGCUGACCGGCUUCCUGUCCUACUGUGGUCCGUUCAACCAACAGUUCCGUAACAUGCUGCUGAAGGAGAUCUGGGAGGACGAGCUCACGAAGAAGAACAUUCCCUUCACUGAAAACCUGAACCUGAUCUCCAUGCUGGUGGACCAGCCCACAAUCAGCGAGUGGAAUCUGCAGGGCCUUCCGGGUGAUGACCUGUCGGUGCAGAACGGCAUCAUUGUCACCAAAGCUACCCGCUUCCCCCUCCUCAUCGACCCCCAGACUCAGGGCAAGGCUUGGAUCAAGAAGAAGGAGAAAGCCAACGAGCUCCAGGUCACGUCUCUGAAUCACAAGUACUUCCGCACCCAUCUGGAGGACAGCCUGUCCCUGGGUCGCCCUCUGCUCAUCGAGGAUGUACCCGAGGAGCUGGACCCAGCGCUGGAUAACGUGCUGGAGAAGAACUUCAUCAAGUCUGGAUCCUCCUACAAGGUUAAAGUCGGAGACAAAGAGAUCGACGUGAUGGACGGCUUCCAACUCUACAUCGCCACCAAGCUGCCCAACCCGUCCUACACGCCCGAGGUCUGUGCCAAAACCUCCAUCAUCGACUUCACCGUGACCAUGAAGGGCCUGGAGAACCAGCUGCUGGGCAGAGUCAUCCUGACCGAGAAAUACGAACUGGAGGCUGAGAGGCUGAAUCUGAUGCAGGACGUCACGGCCAACAAGAGGAAGAUGAAAGAGCUGGAGGAUAAUUUGCUUUACAAGCUCAGCACCACAAAAGGCUCUCUGGUCGACGACGAGUCCAUGAUCGGGAUCUUGAGAGUCACUAAGGAAACAGCAGCGGAGGUGAGCGAGAAGCUCAACGUGGCCACCGAGACGGAGACGAAGAUCCUCGCCGCUCAGGAGGAGUACCGUCCCGCGGCGUCCCGCGGCAGCAUCCUCUACUUCCUCAUCACAGAGAUGAGCAUGGUCAACGUCAUGUACCAGACCUCGCUCGCCCAGUUCCUCAGGAUCUUCGACCUCUCCAUGUCGAGGUCAGAAAAAACCCCCCUGACCCAGAAGCGCAUCGCUAACAUCAUCGACUGUCUGACGUACGAGGUGUUCAGAUACACGGUCCGAGGCCUGUACGAGAAUCACAAGUUCAUCUUCACUCUGCUGCUGGCUCUCAAGAUCGAUCUGCAGAAGGGCAACAUCAAGCACAGCGAGUUCCAGAUUCUUAUUAAAGGUGGUGCCGCCCUGGAUCUCAAAGCUUGUCCUCGUAAACCCUUCCGCUGGAUUCUGGACAUGACAUGGCUGAACCUGGUUGAGCUGAGCAAACUGCCCCAGUUCACCAACAUCAUGAGCCAGGUGUCCCGGAAUGAAAAGGGCUGGAAGGCGUGGUUCGAUAUGGACGCACCAGAGGACGCAGUGAUUCCCGAUGGUUAUAAUGAUUCACUGGAGAUCUUCCACAAAUUACUGCUUAUCAGAUCCUGGAGUCCAGAUCGCACGCUGUCUCAGGCCAGGAGCUACGUAGGGCACGCAUUGGGCGCGAGGUUCGCCCAGUCUGUUAUUCUCAAUCUGGAGGCAACGUGGGGGGAGAGCGACCCUCGUACCCCUCUGAUCUGCUUCCUCUCCAUGGGCUCGGAUCCAACCAACCAGAUAGAAGCUCUCUCCAAGAAACUCAGACUCGAAUGCAGAGCUAUAUCUAUGGGACAGGGACAGGAAGUGCAUGCGAGGAGGCUGGUGCAGAUGUCCAUCGCACAGGGAGGCUGGGUCCUGCUGCAGAACUGCCACCUGGGUCUGGAGUUCAUGGACGAGCUGCUGGACACCGUGAGCACAGUGGAGAACGUUCAUGAGAGCUUCAGGGUGUGGAUCACCACGGAGCCACACGACCGCUUCUCCAUCACGCUGCUGCAGUCCUCCAUCAAGUUCUCCAACGAUCCUCCUCAGGGAGUGAAAGCCGGACUGAAGCGAACGUUCGUCGGGAUCUCUCAGACUCAGCUGGACGUCAGCAACCUGCCCAUGUGGAAGCCGCUGCUGUACAGCGUCGCGUUCUUGCACACGGUGGUGCAGGAACGUCGCAAGUUCGGACCCCUGGGCUGGAAUAUUCCGUACGAGUUCAACUCGGCAGACUUCAGCUCCAGUGUGCAGUUCAUCCAGAACCAUUUGGAUGAGUGCAGUCCCAAAAAGGGCGUGUCGUGGGACACCGUGCGCUACAUGCUGGGAGAGGUGCAGUACGGAGGCAGAGUGACGGACGACUACGACAAACGACUUCUGAACUGUUUUGCACGAGUGUGGUUCGGCGACCGGCUGUUCGAGCCCUCGUUCUGCUUCUACACCGACUACAAUGUUCCCGUGUGUAAGACGGUGGAGGAAUACCUGGAGUAUAUUCACACUCUGCCCUACGUCGACACCCCUCAAGUGUUCGGUCUGCAUCCCAACGCUGAUAUCACGUAUCAGGGUAACACCUCAGCCGAAGUCCUGGACACCAUCACAAACAUCCAGCCUAAAGAGAGCGCCGGAGGUUCAGGAGAGACGCGAGAGUCGAUCGUCUACCGCCUCGCCCAGGACAUGCUGGAUAAACUCCCUCCCAACUACGUACCUCAUGAGGUGAAAGCCAGGCUGGUGAAAAUGGGAGCCCUGACCUCCAUGAACAUCUUCCUGAGGCAGGAGAUCGACCGCAUGCAGAGGGUCAUCAGCGUGGUCCGGACUAGCUUGAUCGAUCUCAAGUUGGCCAUUGAGGGCACCAUCAUCAUGAGUGAGAGCCUCAGGGACGCGCUGGACAACAUGUUCGACGCUCGAGUCCCAAACCUGUGGAAGAAGCUCUCCUGGGAGUCGUCCACCCUGGGGUUCUGGUUCACCGAGCUCCUGGAGAGAAACGCUCAGUUCCAUAGCUGGCUGUUCGAUGGGAGGCCCAAAACAUUCUGGAUGACCGGAUUCUUCAAUCCCCAGGGUUUCCUCACAGCGAUGAUGCAGGAGGUGACGAGGGCACACCGAGGCUGGGCGCUGGACACCGUCACUCUACACAACGAGGUGUUAAAGCAAACCAAGGAGGAGAUCACCACCGCACCCACAGAGGGCGUGUACGUGUACGGCCUCUAUCUGGACGGAGCCGGCUGGGACCGCAAGAACUGCUGUCUCGUCGAGGCCACGCCCAAAGUGCUGUUCACCCCUCUCCCCGUGGUGCACAUAUUCGCCAUCAACUCCACCGCCCCGAAAGACCCCAGACUGUACGUCUGCCCCGUCUACAAGAAACCCCGGCGCACCGACCUCACCUACAUCACCGGAAUCGUGCUGCGUACGGUGCAGCCCCCCGACCACUGGAUCCUGCGCGGUGUCGCCCUGCUGUGUGAUAUCAAAUAAUCGCACCAACACACACACACACUGACCCACACACGCGUUCCGUUUCUUUGUUCUUUAUUCAAUUCAGUUCAUGGAAAAAUAUUUUAAUUGUUAUUAAAAGGUUCAGGUUCUUGUUCAGCAUUAAAAAUAAAAAAAAUAUGAGUUUAUCUUCACUAAA